GGCCGCGCUGGGAAGUUCGGCCCCCACGCUUUCAAGGUCUGCUGCCCGGAGCCCCUGGUGGCCAGGCUCGUGGGCAACCAAGGUGUGCUGAUACACCAGAUCGAGGACCAGAGCAAGUCGCACCUCCAGUUUUCCCCGCGGGGCGAGUACUAUCCAGGCACAAGGCUGAGGAUUUUGACGGUGUUCACCGGGGAGCCGCACAACAUAUUCGAGGCGCUGACGCUGGUGCUGGACGAUCUCAUCUCGAAGGCGGAUGAAGAUCGAGACGGCAGCAGGGGACGGGGCGGCGUUGACUUCGUGGACGACAUGGGUCGGCCGAUCUUCAGAUGCGCCCUGUCCAAGGCGGCCGCGGGCGCCGUGAUCGGGACGCGAGGGGAGCGCGUGAAG